CCGCUCAGCUGAUAAAGAUCCACUGUCCGAUCCCUGUUGUCCGAUUGUCCGAUUGUACGGUUUCUUGGACUUACUGCCAAAUCAACGGGAGACGGAGUUGCAGUCAAGCCCAUCCAUUACCACGUAAAUCCUCAGCACGUAAAUCAUGUUCGCAGUGGCCUUGACGAUGGCCGCCUUGCUGCUGGCCGGCCAGCAGGAGGUAUGCCGGGCACAGGUCUCCAUCCACACGGACGCCAAUACGAACUCGUACAGCCUGAAGACGCCCGGAGUGCAGCAGACCUUCACCCGGUACUACGGAGGAGUGGCCAAGAAUCAGCAGGCGGAGCAGCCUCAGCCGCAGCAGUUGCAGGAGCAGGAACAGCUGCAAAAUCCCGCGCAAUUUGGUGGAUACUCAUCAUCGUCGGGACAGCAGCAGUAUCCUGCCGUAUAUACGCAGCCAGGAUUCCGGGGCGCUGGUAAGCUCAAGGCCACGCCCAACACGCUGCUGCAGCAGCAGCAACAGCAGCUCCUGGCGCAGCAGCAGCAGCAACUCCUGGCCGCCACAUCGCCGCAGGGUGGUGCAUCCGGAUCAGCCGGCGCCGGAGUGGGCGUUGGCGGCGGGGGCGUGGUCAACAUGCCCAGCUAUGCGGACCAGAUGCACGCCGCCUUCCUGGACUAUCAGCGUCAGCGAGCCGAGUUCGAGCAGCAGCAGCAGCAGCUGCUGCAGAAGCUCUACCACUACUAUCCCGAUGUAUCCGGCGCCCUAUCACCUGCCCAGAUCCAACCCCAAGCAACCCAGCUAGCUGCUCCCGCCGCCGAUGUGGCAGGCUCAACGGUGGGGGGCGUGGCAACGCAAAGCGCAGCUGGCCGCUUCGCGUACCGCCGGCCGCAGUUCAGCAGCAAUGGCCUGCAGCCCGAGCGCCUGGCCGCCGGAUCCAUUCUGCCCGGUGCCGGUCCAACUGGAGGCGGCGCAGUCAACCCAGGCGGUGUCGCCGGUUCAGUGCCUUUGCGCAACGGUGGAGUGGGCGCAGGUGACUUCUAUUCCACGCAGCAGCACAUGGGCUUCAUGCAGCAGCAGCAGCAGGACGUGCUCCGUGACCAGCAGCAGUCGGUGGCCCAGCAGUUCGCCACCAGCCAGCUGGCGCCCACUACACGCCAGAGCUACGGCAUGGCCGUGCCCAUGUCCUCCGUGCUGGGAUCCCCCACCUACCAGCAAUCGCCGGAUGUCUCACACGUGAGCUUUUCGAGCGGCAAUCUCAACUACAGCUUCUAAGGAUGAGCUGUUAUCUCCCCAGCAGUUUCUGAAACUAGUAUUUUGAUAUAUAUAUAAUUAUUUUUUUUUUUGCGUAAAUUUUCGUGGUAUUUGAUAAGAGGAAUUGUGUAGGGCAAGCAAGAAUAAAUUUUGUGAGUGAUGAUAA